AUGGACAACAAGUCGGCCGAGGAACCGCAAUGGCACCCACCUGGUGUGGCCGCUCUGCCGUGCCGGAUCCGGCAUCGUGGGCGCCGAUGCCCGCGAGGAUGGCUGGGUCUCCCGCGGGUGCUACAAGUGCCCUGCCGGAGAGUUCCAGUUACACCAGGCAGCAGCUGCCAGGUGCACGCCGUGCCCAGCAAUUUGGAAAUGCACCAGGAACCAGCUGCAGAUGCCAAAGGGAGUUGGAUGGCGCCCGUCGACCCGGAGAAGCUGCGCCUGGCCGAGCUGAACUUGACCAGGGAGGGAAGAGCAAUUCAGUGCUUCAGUGAGGGGGCCUGCCCUGGAGGGCAGCUGCCGCUGGACCCGGUGGAGCCAAUGUGCUCAGAAGGACGAACUGGGGUCCUGUGCGCUGCCUGCACUGCUGGGCAUUAUGCCACCAAGGGCGAGUGCGAGAAGUGCCAGGAGGCGUCCCAAGACGAGAAGGUGCACCUCUGGGGCACGGCCGCGGCCGUGGCCGCCAUCGGCCUCGGCCUGGCUGGCGUGGCGUGGCUUUCGCGCGGCGCGGUGACCGAGCACUGGAAACAGGCCGACGUGAAGUGGCAUGUCCUGAAGGAGCUUGCUGCUCGGCAGGCGCUGGUUCUUCUUCAAGUAGUUCAGCUGUAUGGGGUUCUGGCAGCGCUCGCGCCAGAUCCAUCCACUGGCCAAGGUACUUCCCGUGAAUCCUUCUGGGAACGCAUUUACGUGGAGGCGUUGCAGCUGAACUUGGCACAGGUCCUGCAGGACGCCUUUCGGAUUCAAUGCAUUUGGGAUGGUGCCAAGGUGCGGUUGGCAUUUGCGUUGGCAUCCCCCCUGGCGCCUCUGGUCAUGCUUCUAGCAUGCGGCCUGCUGGAGAUCAUCAAGCCCUCCGUGGGUGCCGGCGCCGCCUUCAAGAUUUUAACCAUCUUUUUCAUCGGUGGUGCCCGCGAAUCAGCGGCCCUUCUGCGCUGUCAGCUGGUCGACAAAGGCAGAGCGCCUCUGGGCGACUUCGCGUUCUUGCAGAAGCUGCCAUUCUUGCUCUGCUCCGAAACGGAGGGCGCGGCCAAGUGGGUCUACGCAGUCGGCUACGGCACUGUGGCAGUCUAUGUCGCUGUUGUUCCUGUGGCGCUUCUGUAUUUGUACAUGCGCCAGUACAUUGUGCUGAAACCUAGCAAGACCAUCACGGCCCAGGCAAAGAAGGUGAAGGGGAGCUGGAUCACGAAGCUACGCCCGGUUAGAGCUUUGGAGGAACCCAUGGAGGUCAAUGAUGAGUACCUCCUCGCUGCUGCAGUGGCCCACAUGGUAGUCACAUUCCAGGGCAAGGUCUGGCUGCAGCUGCAAGGCGGCAAGGCGGUGAUGAAGUCACCAGAGAGCGAAGGACGAGCAGCUGCUGAGCUGACCGUGAACAGCUUGUUGGACAGUGGGGAUGAGGUAGCAGAGAUGCUCCGCUCACGUGCCAUCAUGGAGAUGCUGGUGGAGCGCUCUGAGAUGGAGCAAGCCUCUAAAUCCGACCGAGCUUCCUCUCUGGCGCCAAGGAGGUAUUCUCCAAAUAUGCCUUUUGCCGCUCCGUGUGGAUGGAGAUGGUGCAGAAGCUCUUGGCCGUCGGGCUGGUCACCGUAA